AUGAAGGAAAUUAAAGCCAGUGAAGAAGAUUUGGCAUUGAAAGAGAUGAUUAUUCCAACAGCAAAAGAAGCACGAGAACAAGCAAGGGCAAGGACACUAGAAAAGGAAGAGAAGAUCUGCGAAAUAAGUUGUGCAUUGGCUGUUUUGGCUUCUGCAUCUUCAGUUAGUAGGGAGCGUGAAGCGUUCCUGAGACUUGUCAAUUUGGAGUCCAAAUGCAUUGUCUUUGGGAAUGCAUUUGGACUUUACAAUGGCAUGGUGGAGAAAGAGGGUACAGAUGGUGAAAAGGAUGCCUUGAAGGCAUAUAAAGUUGCUCAUGAUGAAAGUGACAGUACUUCUGUUGAGGCUGAAGGUGACGAGGUUUCAUCAGUGCUUAUAGACAAGGUGGAUGCAAUGCUUCAAAACCUUGAGACGGAAAUUGAUUAUAUAUGCGCAUAUUGGUGA